GGAGCAGGUUUCCUUCGCCGCUUCUUCCUUUUCUUUCCCCCUCCACCGAAGGGGGUUCUGGUCGCCGCUGUGGACAGUAGAGGAAUAUGGCUUCUUUAGAUCUGGAAGAUUUAUGCUUGCACAUCAACAUGAAGAUUUCAACUAUCAAAAAGACUCUCCAGUUAAGAAACAUAGGUCAAGAACCAUCAUUGAAAUCUAUGCUCUGUAAAAUAGGACAUGAGAUGGUUCUCCUAAAUGAUCUCCUGAAUAAAAUGGAAAUGGAAGUUCAGCAGCAAGAAAAACUGAACAAUUUACUCAAGGAGCUCCAGAAGUCUGCUGAGAGAGAUCAAAAUGAAGCACGUCACCUCCUUGAAAAUGUUCCUCCUCAUCUGCCUAAACCAACUCAGAGCUGCAUCACUGGGCUAACGGUGAAAUGUGGAGAACAAACAAAAGUCUCAGAACCUGAACGUGCAAAGAAAUCUGUAAAAGAGCCAAGAUUUAUUAAAGAAGCAGCCUUAAUAACUGCAGAAGAAUUUGAAAAUGUUCCUGCGUACAUGAGAGGUCGUUUAACGUAUGAUCAAAUUAAUGCAGUGGUUCAAGACAUGAACAAGGCCGUGGUUAGCAAGUACAGGAUCCUCCAUCAGCCAUUAAAAUCUAUGAAUGCAGCUGUCAGAAAUCUCUACCACAGAUUCCUGGAAGAAGAAACUAAGGAUACAAAAGGUGAAUUCUUUAUUGUGGAGGCUGAUAUCAAAGAGUUCACUCAGCUGAAGGUGGAUAAGCGCUUUCAUAGCAUCCUCAAUAUCCUGCGUCACUGCCAGAGAGUGAGAGAAGUCCGUGGCUCCCGACUUGUGCGCUAUGUCAUCUGCUAGAGAGUUUCCUGGACUCUGCCUGUGCAAGAUAUGGAGGGCUAAAGCGUUUUGAGAUGCAGACAUGUUAUAUUGUCUGCAGAGAGAUAGUAUGUAUUGGCAUUCCCAUUCAACUCCCCUUUUUCCUAUAAGGUGGUAGUGGAAAGGAAAAAUUCUCUCUUCUAAAUUAGGAUUGGAAAUAUUAAAUGACCUUGAAGUAUUUUAGUUUUGUUCUACAGACUUGAAAAACUACUGUCUUUUGGUAAAUUACAAAUUCAAAACAGAUGCUCAAUUGACACACACCUGUGUUUACAGGUGGUUUUAAUCAUGUUUUCAUGCCAGUACUGCAAGUUCUGUUAAUCUUCUUUUUCUUUUUGUUUGAGAUGGAGAUUAUAUUUAAAACUGUGUCAUUACUCAAAGGAAGCAUUUGUGUGGGUUUUUUUUCUUUUCCUCUAAUGCCUCAAACCAAUUUCCAGAUUUCCUUUUCUUAAUCUUUUUCUUC